ACAUGGUCAUACUAAUAAAACUUUUUUUUUAUUGUGAGGUGGAAAGAGUCGUCGGUUAGAUGGUAUUUUACUGAAAAAUCUUUGUUUCACACUGUUACAGUACAAAAUGAUGUUACAUUCAUCUUACAGGUUAUAUCCUUGCUCUUGUAGCAAUAAUAACUGAAUUCAAGAGUUAAAUUACAGUUUGUCAACAUUGACAAGCGGGGUAAAAUGUCGAAACGAGGCGCAGAUGAUAGCGGCAAUGGCAGCAGCCAGCCGCCGAUCAAGAAAGUUCACUUUGAACCGCAUCUCAUUGGCCCCGUGUCCACGCUCGAAGAAAUGGACAUAAAAGUCUUACAAUUCCAGAAUAAGAAGUUAGCUCAGAGAAUAGAACAGAGGCAUAGAUGUGAAGCAGAGUUACGGGCCAGAAUAGAACAGUUAGAAAAGAGACAAACACAAGAUGAUGCAGUCCUCUGUGUCGUUAACCGCUACUGGAACCUUCUCAAUGAGGACAUCAGGGUUCUUCUGCAGAGGUUUGAUGCUGAAACUGCAGAUGAAUCAGAAAACAAAAAUGAGAAUGAAGCGACAACAUCAUUCUUGAUGCAACUGUCGACAUGGGACAAGGAGGAGAUUGAUGCACAGCUCGCUAACCGGGUGCAAGUCAGCAAGCGAGCCGUGGCCAAAGUGCUGCAAGCCUUUGACAGGCUGCAGCAACGGAAUGACAAGAUCUGGCAUGCGAUCAAGGGAGAGGGAGAAGAAGGCGCGCCAGCCCCUUCCCUGGACGAGGUGAUCCGAGCCACCAACGAGGAGGUGACUGCGGAGAACGUCCGUCUGCAAGCUCUGUGCACGACCCUGCAUGAGUCGCACCACGCGAUGACGCUGCGAGUCGCUCAGCUACAGGACGCCGUCAACAGCCGGGAUACAGAGAACGCUGAGCUCAAGAACCAGAUAGAUGAUCUGCAGUAUGAGCUGAUGAAGGUGAGAUCGCGGAACGACAAGCUAGAAAACCACCUCGCGGAGGCCAUAGAGAAGCUAAAGAGUCUGCACCAAUCAGGAGCGGCGCCGUCCACUUGCCCCGCCCCCGCCGCCACCGUCGCGUCCAAUGCGAAGCUAGAAGACAUCGCGGCUGAGUUAGAGGAGCAGCGGGAACUGGCCAAUAACAGGCUAGCAGAGCUGGACCGCCUCCAUAGACAACACAGAGAUACGCUCAAAGAGGUCGAGAAGUUGAAGAUGGAUAUAAGACAACUACCAGAGUCAGUGAUCGUGGAGACGACGGAGUACAAGUGCCUGCAGUCGCAGUUCUCGGUGCUGUACAACGAGUCCAUGCAGAUGAAGACGGCGCUGGACGAGACGCGGCUGCAGCUGCAGAACGCCAAGAACCAGCACAUGAGGCAGAUCGAGAUGAUGGAGAGCGAAGAGCUAUCCCGACAGAAAGCCCUACGCGCAGAAAUGAUCCAACUCGAAGACGUUCUCGGCCAACUGCGCAAGGAGUACGAGAUGUUGCGCAUCGAGUUCGAACAGAACUUGGCAGCCAACGAACAGACGGGACCCAUCAACCGGGAGAUGAGACAUCUCAUCACGUCGCUACAGAACCACAACCAGCAACUCAAGGGAGAGGUGCACAGAUACAAACGGAAGUACAAAGACACUAGUCAGGAACUGAAUAAGUAUAAGGUUAGGAAAGAGUUAGAGGAGGCGUCUGCGCGCGGCGGCGCGGGGUCGUCGGCCGCGGCGCCCGACGCACCUGAUGAGAAACCACUCGCAGUCAAGAAGGAAGAGCCGGACCCCGAGACGGACGAGGCGGCGCAGGCGGACAGCAAGGCGGCGCUGAAGGAGCACCGCGCCGCCAAGCUGCAGGAGCAGGACCAGCUCAUCAAGGACCUCAAGCAGCAGCUCAAGAAAGCAGUAAACGAGCAGAAGGAGCUCAAGCUCCUCCUCGACAUGUACAAGGGCGUAGGCAAGGAGCAGCGCGACAAGGUGCAGCUCAUGGCGGCGGAGCGGCGCGCGCGGCAGGAGCUGGAUGACCAUAGACAGAAGGCUAAGAUGGCGCAGGAGAGCAAGCGCGAGCGGCGCCUAGCGGACGAGGACGCGCUGCGCAAGAUCAAGCAGCUCGAGGAGCAGAAGUACGAGCUGCAGAAGCAGCUGUCGAGCGCCGCGCGCCCGCCCGGCGACGCGCUGCACGGCUUCACGCGCCCCUUCGCCGGCUCGCAGCCACACUCUUCCCAGGAAGAGGAAGCUUUACUGAACGAGAUGGAAGUGACCGGGCAGGCUUUUGAAGACAUGCAGGAACAGAACUCACGACUCAUCCAGCAGUUACGAGAGAAGGAUGACGCCAACUUCAAGCUCAUGUCCGAGCGGAUCAAGGCGAAUAGUCUUCACAAACUGCUGAGAGAAGAGAAGCAGCUGCUGCAGGAACAAGUGCUAACCCGCGACCAACAGAUCGAGUCGAUGGGCGCGGUGGCGAGGCGCCUCGAGGAGAAGGAGCGGCUGCUACAGGCCACGCUGUCUGCGGUCGAGAAGGAGCUGUUGCUGAGGCAGCAGGCCAUGGAGAUGCAUAAGCGGAAGGCGAUCGAGUCGGCGCAGUCGGCGGCUGACUUGAAGCUGCAUCUUGAGAAGUACCACGCGCAGAUGAAGGAGGCGCAGCAGGUGGUGGCGGAGAAGACCAGCGCGCUCGAGGCCGAGGCCUACAAGACCAAGAGACUGCAUGAGGAGCUAGCCGUGCUGCGGCGCAAGGCGGAGCGCAUGAAGAAGAUGGAGCAGGCGGGCUCCAGCAUGGACGAGGUGCUGCUGGAGGAGAUCCGCGAGUACAAGGAGACGCUCACCUGCCCCUCCUGCAAGGUGAAACGCAAAGACGCGGUCCUAACGAAGUGUUUCCACGUGUUCUGCUGGGACUGCCUGCGCACGCGCUACGAGACCCGCCAGAGGAAGUGCCCCAAGUGCAACGCGGCCUUCGGCGCAAACGACUACCAUCGGCUCUACCUCUCCACAUAGACAGACAGCGAUGUACUGCAAAUGAUACUAACAGACGUGGAAUACUGCGCAGCGGGGUAGUGACACGUAAUGAGUGGCACUAACUGGGUUAGGGCUUGACAAUAUUCAGAUAAAUGUUAUCUUACGAAUAAAAUUGUUGCUGUCACUGUCUAAUACAAACAUUCAGACGCGACAGCAUCAAAAUUAUAUCACCAGAUAACUCUUAUUUGGCUUUUGAAAAAUCUGCCCUUAUUGUCAUUAAUGGAAGACUAUGUAAAUAUUUCUGUACUUCUGUUGCCUGCGUUAUAUUGAUUAUGAAGUAGCGCAUCAGCUGAUAAUCAAUGUGCCCCAAUUAUUAACGUAAAUUAUUGAUCCGAAUGUAAUGUGAAGAGGAGAUGGAUGGAGUUGUGUAAAAACUGUCUUAUGUAAGCGUAAAGUAACGAUAAACGAAUGGUAUUUCUUAAUUAUAAUUUGAAAUCAUUGAAUGAUCAGCCAAGAUAAUUAUGUACAGUUUAGUUUCAAUCACAAGUUGUUUUAGAAAUGUCUCAAUACAGACCUCUAGUUUUAAUUAUAUGGGACAUUUCUGUUCCUGAUGCUUUCUUAUUUUCCUGGAUUGUAUUGUAUGAGCUAACUUGACAUAAGCAGGACAGCUAUACAGGGUGUGUCAUUGUUAUGUAACAACUUUGUAUUAAGUUUACAAUAGUAUUUUCAAAUAGUGCACUGAAUGAAUGAGGAAUGCUGUUCAUGGAUGGACGCGGAUGGUUGUGAGCGGAAUGAAGUUAGAAAGUAGGUACAAAGUUCGAAUAUAAGUUGAUCAGUAAUAAUUCAAUGGUUUCCUAAUGACAUAAUGCAUUAUCACGUUAAAUUACAAAGGCAACUGACAAAUAUUCCGUUGUAAUUUUGAUGUCGCAAUUUUUCAUUCCUUAUUGUACCGCGUGUAGUUCCUCUGUACAGAAUGUAUGGACUCCUGUAGCGUAAAGUCAUCUUCGACACUUCAGUUACGCACUUAGCGCCUCGAUUGACAUAUUUAUUGAUGUUAUUAGAAUGUAAUGAAAUCGAACAAGUGGAAAUAAAGUUUUAUGUAUUGUUAAGAUAUGUAUAUUUAAGAAUUAUAUUUAGAUAAUUCUCGCGAGAUUUGAAGAAGGAAUGAGUGGCGGGAGUGAGUGUGAGCGAGAAGCGUAGCUAGCUAAUUAAUGUUACAAUUGAUCACAUACUUUCCAUAGAGUCGCUUGUGGCCCACUGACUGACUGAUAUACUUUUAGGUUUAACUGACUUCUCUUGGGCUUGAAGGUUACAGUUUCGUAUUCGGCUUCUGUGCAAACAAAUGUGUAAUUUAGAUGUAUCCCAACGAAGUGCUGUAAUUUGCAAUGUCUAGAUAAAUGAUAUGAUUUUAACAGUCUGCCGAAAAGCAGACUACAAUGCCUUAACCCUGAUUUCUGUAUAUUUUUGAAUAUUAAAAUAUUUUUAAGACUUGAGAACAGCAUUAGUACAAUAAGUUGUUUCAUGAUGAGUUCUUACAAACUAAAUCCGAAUGGGAAAGGACUACGGGGAUCAAACUUAUUGUCAGUAUUUAAGGAAGUUUUGUACAUUACCUAACUGUACCGUUCGCGGUAGUUAGCAAUUUCAACAAAUCAAACAAUUUAACAUUGUCUAACAGGUGAUUUACUUUUUACAGUAAACGAAAAAAUCUGUUUCAUCCUUUUGAAUCAUUUAGUGGAAAUUAUGUAAACUAAUAAACAAUGUAAUAAUAUUUAAAUGGACUAUGUAAAAUAAAUGUCUCAAAACAACUGA